GACAUUUUUAGGGAUAAUCUUACUGGGAUACUGUUGGAUUUUCUUCUCUGCGAUUUUGGAGGCUGUCUGUGGAAUAAGUGCCUAAAGAUAAAAGGAAUAAAAAGGGAUUUAUUUGUAAAGGACCCAAUUGUCAUGCAUGGGUGUUAGUCUUUGAUCUUGUCAGUGUCUAGCGGAGGGACUCGAGGAGGGAGCAGUGCCACCUUGGAACAUGGUGCCUAACAUUCACCUGUCAGUGCCCCUCCUGCCCAGAUGGGCGGCGCCGUUCCUGCUUCUGCUCAGCUGCACGGCGAUGUCCUCUCUGGCAGACAGCAUGCCAAAUUUCAUCAAAUCCCCAGAGGACCAGAUAGGGAUCUCAGGGGGGGUGGCUUCCUUUGUGUGCCAGGCCAAUGGGGAGCCCAAACCCAGGAUCACCUGGAUGAAGAAGGGAAAGAAAGUCAGCUCCCAGCGCUUUGAGGUUAUCGAGUUCGACGACGGCUCGGGCUCGGUCCUGCGGAUCCAGCCGCUGCGCACGCACCGCGACGAGGCCAUCUACGAGUGCACGGCCACCAACAGCGUCGGCGAGAUCAACACCAGCGCCAAGCUCACCGUGCUGGAAGAGAACCAGGUCCCCCACGGCUUCCCCACCAUAGACAUGGGUCCUCAGCUCAAGGUGGUCGAGAGAACCCGGACGGCAACCAUGCUGUGUGCCGCCAGUGGAAACCCGGACCCGGAAAUCUCCUGGUACAAGGACAUGCUGCCGGUGGACAUCAACAGCAGCAAUGGGCGCAUCAAGCAACUCCGCUCAGGUGGUACGCCAAUUAGAGGAGCCCUGCAGAUUGAGAACAGCGAAGAGUCGGACCAGGGGAAGUACGAGUGCGUGGCCAUGAACAGCGCCGGGACCCGCUACUCCGCCCCUGCCAAUCUAUACGUGCGAGUGCGGCGGGUCCCUCCCCGCUUCUCCAUCCCGCCCACCAACCACGAGGUGAUGCCGGGCGGCAGCGUGAACCUGACGUGCGUGGCGGUGGGCUCGCCCAUGCCCUACGUCAAGUGGACCAUGGGCUCCGUGGACCUGACCAAGGAGGAGGAGAUGCCGGUGGGACGCAACGUGCUGGAGGUCACCAACAUCCGCGAGUCGGCCAACUACACCUGCGUGGCCAUGUCCUCACUGGGCAUGAUCGACGCCACCGCCCAGGUCAUCGUCAAAGCCCUCCCCAAGCCCCCCACCUCAGUCACGGUGACGGAGACCACGGCCACCAGCGUCACGCUCACCUGGGACUCGGGCAACCCCGAGCCCGUGUCCUACUACAUGAUCCAGUACCGCGCCAAGGUGUCGGAGAACGGCUUCCAGGAGGUGGACGGCGUGGCCACCACGCGCUACAGCAUCGGCGGCCUCAGCCCCUACUCGGAGUACGAGUUCCGCGUGAUGGCGCUCAACAACAUCGGCCGCGGGCCGCCCAGCGACCCCGUGGAGACGCGCACGGGCGAGCAGGCGCCCUCGUCCCCGCCGCUGCACGUGCAGGCGCGCAUGCUGAGCGCCAGCACCAUGCUGGUGCAGUGGGAGCCCCCCGAGGAGCCCAACGGACAGAUCCGGGGCUACCGCGUGUACUACAGCUCGGACAUGACGGCGCCGCUCAGCGCCUGGCAGAAGCACAACACGGACGACAGCCGCCUCACCACCAUCUCGGGCCUGACCACCGACAUCACCUACAGCCUGCGCGUGCUGGGCUUCACCUCGGUGGGCGACGGGCCGCCGUCCGACGUGCUGCAGGUCAAGACCCAGCAGGGAGUGCCCGCCCAGCCGUCCAGCUUCGAGGCGGAGGCGGAGCUGGAUACCCGCAUCAUGCUGAGCUGGCUGUGGCCCGUUCAGGACCCCAUCACCAAGUAUGAGCUCCACUACUGGGAGGCCAACUCGGAGAACGACAAGAUCCACACGACCUUUGACCCGGCGGGCUCCCACGCCGUGGAGGGCCUCAAACCCGACACCCUGUACCACUUCUCCCUGGCCGCCCGCUCCGAGAUGGGCCUGGGCGUGUUCACCCAGCCCAUAGAGGCCCGCACGGCCCAGUCCACGCCGUCCGCCCCGCCCCAGGAGGUGCACCUGGUCAGCCUGACCUCCACCAGUCUCAAGGUGAGUUGGGUGGCGCCGCCCGCCGCCAGCCGCCACGGCGCCAUCGUGGGCUACUCCAUCAGCUACCAGGCGCCGGCCGGCGAGGAUGCGGGGCGCCACGAGGUGCCCGGCAUCAGCGCCGAAUCCACCAGCCACGUGCUGGAGGAGCUGGAGAAGUGGACCGAGUAUCAGGUGUGGGUGAGGGCCCACACGGACGUGGGGCCCGGCCCCGAGAGCGCCGCUGUGCGGAUCAAAACCAAAGAGGACGUGCCCGGGGCUCCCCCCAAGAAGCUGGAGGUGACGGCGGUGAACUCGACGGCCAUCCGCGUCACCUGGAAGCCCCCCAUGCAGGGCAAGCAGCACGGGCAGAUCCGGGGGUACCAGGUCAUCUUCUCGCGCCUGGAGAACGACGAGCCACGGGGCCAGCCCAACAUCAUGGACGUGUCCCUCCCCGAAGCCCAGUGGAACAUUGAGGAAUCCACCGAGCAUGAGGCCAUCAUCGGGGGACUGCACGCGGAGACCACCUACUCGGUCACGGUGGCGGCGUACACCACCAAGGGGGACGGAGCCCGCAGCAAGGCCAAGGUCAUCACCACCACCGGGGCGGUGCCAGGCAAGCCCACCAUGAUGAUCAGCACGACCAUCGGCAACACAGCCCUGAUCCAGUGGCAGCCGCCCAAGGAGAUGGUGGGCGAGCUGAUGGGCUACCUGCUGCAGUACAAGCGCACGGAGGACGAGGCCUUCACGUCGCGCGAGCUGCGCAGCCUGGACGACCACUACACGGUCACGGGGCUGCACAAGGGCGCCACCUACGUCUUCCGCCUCAGCGCCAAGAACCGCGCCGGCGCCGGCGAGGCCCACGUCAAAGAGAUCGGCACGCAGGAGGACACGCCCUCGGGCUACCCGCUCAACCUGCGCGUGACGGGCCUCACCACCACCAGCACCCAGCUGGCCUGGGAGCCGCCGGCGCUGGCCGAGCGCAACGGGCGCAUCACGCAGUACACGGUGGUGUACCGCGACAUCAACAGCCAGCAGAACACCACCAACCGCACGGGGGACACCCGCAUGACCAUCCAGGGGCUGAAGCCCGACACCACCUACGACAUCCGCGUGCAGGCCUUCACCAGCAAGGGCGCCGGCCCCAUCAGCCCCAGCAUCCAGAGCCGCACCAUGUCCACCUCCCCGGCAUUCGCCACGAGCUUCGGUGUAAAAGCCGUCAUGAAAACCUCUGUGCUCCUCACCUGGGAAGUGCCGGAGAACUACAAAUCCCAAGCCCAUCAGCCUUUCAAGAUCCUGUACAACCAGCAGAGCGUGGAGGUGCAGGGCGACCAGAAGCGGCGGCUGAUCACGCGGCUGCAGCCUGACACGGACUACUCCUUUGUGCUGAUGAGCCGGGGGAACAGCGCUGGCGGCCUGCAGCAGCAGGUGUCCAUCCGCACCUCCCCCGACCUCUUCAAGUCCAAGCCCGUCCUCUACAGCCAGCAGCAGGCCCAGGGCGGCAAGCUGACCAUAGACCUGCCCCAAGUGCAGACCACCACGCAAGUCAAGUGGUACUACAUCGCAGUGGUGCCGGUAACGGCGUCGUCACGGCGAUGGGAGAACCCAGACGAGAUGGACCUGGAUGCGCUUCUGGAGUCGAGCGACGGCCCUGUCUUGAGGCGCCGGCGCCGGCAGCUGGACACGGCCAAGCCCUACAUCACGGCCAAGCUGAACCCCCUGCCUGCCACCUUCACACUGGGAGACGAGAAGCGCUACAACGGCUUCCUCAACAAGCCGCUGACGGGACACCAGCAGUACCUGUGCUUCGUGCUCGCCGCCCUGCGCGAGCAGGAGAGUGACGCCAGCGACAAAUACAGGACAUUCUCGGCCAGCGCCUACUCGGACCCCAUCCAGGUGCAGAUCCCGGACCUGUCCCCGCGCGUGGAGCAGCCGGAGAUGCUGUGGGUCAUGGGCCCCGUGCUGGCCGUGGUGCUCAUCAUCAUCAUCGUCAUCGCCAUCCUCCUCUUCAAGAGGUGAGUUGACUCCCUGCGGUGGACGCCCAGGCCGCACCGUGUGAGACCGAACCACAGCGAUGUCCUCCUCCUGACUGCUGCAGGAAUGUGUACUUAAUGACUUAAUGACUUACGGACAGAUCACUCGAAUUAGCCGGUUGGUCAAUAAGAAACGUGAAACAGCGUUGUGGCUCAAAUGUCACC